CCAACUCCUGCCCCAGCAGCCAGCGCCUACUGACCUUCGGGCGGUGCGUACGAUGAACCGGGACGAAAUGCAGCUGCGCGACAGGCUGCUGCUGCUCACAGACCGCCCGCCCAGCCAGCACAAGCCGUUCAUGAACGUGAAGCGGAAGCCUGUGCUGGCCAAGCAGGCCUCCAAGGGCAGCGGGCCCAAGUUGAGCAUGCAGGACUUCGUCCGGAUGGACCCUGGGUACACUCCUGACAUCGAGCACCUUGUCUUCCCGGCAACGAGAAAACGAAACCCCCAGCAGGUGGCGCCAGUGGCGACAGCUGCAACGAAGCCUUCCGCGGCUGCCAGAACUCGAUCGCGAUUGGCUGAAAUGUUCGCUUUGAGUAGGCAUUUGCAGCAGAGGUCAGCAGAUCGCGAGAUCAAGGGGAGACUUCUUACUGCCAAUGUGAGUAUGGACAACAGAGUCAAUAGCUAUUUCUUUAAGAAGGAUGGAAAAUGCUACUAUUCCUCCCGAGGAUGA